UUCCACAUCCAGAUCGGUCUGAGCCGGGAGCCCGUGCUGCUGGAUGCCGCGGAGUUCAGCCUCAGUCAGGUCCGGGAGGUGGCGUGCUCCAUCGUGGACCAAAAGUUACCAGAGUGCGGCUUCUAUGGGAUGUACGAGAAGAUCCUCCUAUUCCGUCAUGAUCCUACAUCAGACAACGUGCUGCAGCUACUGCGCUCUGCUUCUCAGAUCCAGGAGGGUGACUUGGUGGAAGCCAUACUGUCAGCUUCAGCCACAGUAGAGGACUUCCAGAUUCGUCCACACUGCCUGUUUGUCCAUUCGUACCGAGCUCCAGCCUUCUGCGACCACUGUGGGGAAAUGCUGUGGGGACUUGUACGCCAAGGACUUAAAUGUGAAGGUUGUGGUCUGAAUUACCACAAGCGCUGUGCCUUUAAGAUCCCCAACAACUGCAGCGGGGUGAGGAGGCGUCGUCCCUCCAAUGUCUCAUUGACAGGCGGGAUAAUCAACACCGGGCGUCCGCUCUCUGCUGAGCCUUCACCUCCCCACUACAGUGAUGAUGCUUUAUUGUCUCCAGUCAGUCCUAGCAUGGAGCAGAAGAACCAGUUAGAUUACUUUCCUGGUAGAGAGCGGCGAUCCAGCUCACAAUCAUAUGUUGGCCGUCCCAUUGAGCUUGACAAGAUCUUACUGUCAAAAGUCAAAGUUCCCCACACAUUCCUGAUUCACUCUUACACCCGGCCUACUGUCUGCCAGCACUGCAAGAAGCUGCUCAAAGGCCUCUUCAGGCAGGGCCUGCAGUGCAAAGACUGUAAAUUUAAUUGUCAUAAACGAUGUGCGCAAAAAGUGCCAAACAACUGCCUGGGAGAAGUAUCAAAAAAUGGAGAACUUCUGAGCCCAGGUGCAGAAUCGGAUGCCCUCAUGGUGGAGGGUUGCCUUGAUGACCAUGAUAUUGACAGAGGGGGUAGCCUCUUGGAUGACAUGGAUGAAGCGCUGGCCUCAGAGAGUGGCUUGCUGCUAGAGGCAGGACCCAGCGAUCUCUGUGACAUGCACGACCCUGACCUAGAUGAGUCCAACCGAGCCAUCAGCCCCUCCACCAGCAACAACAUUCCUUUGAUGCGAGUCGUCCAGUCUGUCAAACACACAAAGAGGAAGAGCAGCAAUGUGAUGAAAGAGGGCUGGAUGGUCCACUACACCAGCAAGGACACUCUGAGGAAAAGACAUUACUGGAGGCUAGACAGUAAAUGCAUUACGCUGUUUCAGAACGACACAGGAAGUAAAUAUUACAAGGAAAUCCCUCUGUCUGAAAUCUUGUCUCUGGAGCCUGCUCAGAAUUUUUCUCUACUUCCUGAUGGAGCCAAUCCUCAUUGCUUUGAGAUCGCCACGGCAUCACUGGUUUAUUAUGUUGGAGAGAACCUGCAGAGACCUGAAUCAUCUGUGACAGGCAGCAGCAUUCUGGUCAGCGGUGUUGGGCAGGAUGUGGCUCGAAUGUGGGAAAUGGCCAUCCAGCAUGCUCUGAUGCCAGCGGUUUCUACAGGAAUUUGCCACAGUUCCCACCGCAGUGGACACAAGGAGAUUUCAAUCAGUAUUUCAGUUUCCAACUGCCAGAUCCAGGAGAAUGUGGACAUCAACUCAGUGUAUCAAAUCUUCCCAGACGAGGUUCUUGGCUCAGGACAGUUUGGCAUUGUGUAUGGAGGUAAGCACAGGAAGUCCGGCCGAGACGUUGCCAUCAAAAUCAUCGACAAACUCCGCUUCCCCACCAAACAGGAGAGUCAGCUGCGCAAUGAGGUGGCCAUCCUGCAGAGCCUGCAUCAUCCAGGGGUGGUCAACCUGGACUGUAUGUUUGAGACACCAGAGCGAGUGUUUGUGGUCAUGGAGAAGCUUCAUGGAGACAUGUUGGAGAUGAUCCUGUCCAGUGAGAAAGGCCGACUUCCUGAGAGGAUCACAAAGUUCCUGGUGACACAGAUCUUGGUGGCGUUGCGUCAUCUCCACUUCAAGAACAUUGUCCACUGUGAUCUGAAACCUGAAAACGUCCUGCUGGCUUCUGCAGACUCUUUCCCCCAGGUGAAGCUGUGUGAUUUUGGGUUUGCUCGAAUCAUUGGUGAGAAGUCAUUCAGGCGUUCAGUGGUCGGAACACCAGCAUAUCUUGCUCCUGAAGUUCUGAGAAAUAAAGGCUACAACCGCUCUCUGGACAUGUGGUCAGUUGGAGUCAUCAUCUAUGUCAGUCUCAGUGGGACGUUCCCUUUCAAUGAAGAUGAAGAUAUUAAUGAUCAGAUCCAGAAUGCAGCCUUCAUGUACCCCCCUCACCCCUGGAAAAAAAUCUCCCAAGAAGCGAUUGACCUGAUCAACAACUUGCUGCAAGUGAAGAUGAGAAAGAGAUAUAGUGUUGACAAGACACUAAGCCACCCCUGGUUGCAGGACUACCAGAUGUGGCUGGAUCUAAGAAACCUUGAGUCUCGGAUAAACGAGCGCUAUAUCACCCAUGAGAGUGAUGACCUGCGAUGGCAUCAUCACGCCCAGCUCAGCGGCCUAGACUACCCCAUGCACCUAACCAACAGCCCCUGUGGUGAAGUUGGACAGGGGAUGAAGCGUUACAAGGAAAAGGAGGAAGAGCUGGAGACCCUCAGUGAGAGGGUGAGUGAACUAUGAGGAAGUAAGAAGACUUAUUUUCCAAACAACAUGAGAAACAAUGACUAUCACAAAAUGAAAAAAGCACAAAAUGAAAACUUACAAAAAAUUAGAUCCUUACUUUACUUCCAUAAAUCAUAACGAAUCUUAUUCUAAUUAAUCUAAUUAACAAGUAGUUGUUUCGUAUUUGCAAGAUAAGGCUCUUAGAAUUACAUCUGUAAUGCUAGAGUCACUGCAUAAUUAGGAGUUAACAAUUUUGUAUUUAAUUAGAAGGUCCUUGUGUUAUUUAUCCCAUAGUUUUUUUUUUCAAUAGGGUUGUGAAGC